UAUGAUUUUAAACCUUCACGAUAUACAUGUAUUAUAUUCAGAAUACGAAUGAAUACUGUCGGAAUAUCUGUCAAAGUCGCUGCCGAUGUAAAAAUUGGCCUUGUGUGCUAGCCUUGCUUCUAUAACGUUUGGAACGUACAAGUCUCGGGAACCUGAUCGCAGUCCUUUAUUUUGUCCAGCUAUGAUCAAUGGAUCAGAUACGGCCGAAGCAAUGAGGGGGUCCUCAGACUAUGAUGAACUCUUCAAAAUCACUAUAAUCGGUACUUCCGGUGUGGGGAAGUCAUCAUUGGUGUCCCGUUUUGUACGCGACGCCUUCACAGAACGAUUCAUUUCGUCGAUUGGAAUAGACUUUUUGAUCAAAUCGAUACAUUUAGAUGACAAGGUCAUAAAGUUGCAGAUAUGGGAUACAGCAGGUCAAGAACGAUUCAGAGCAAUUACGUCCGCGUUUUAUAGAGGGAGCCACGGUAUCGUGUUGGUAUAUGACGUCACUAGUCAGGAAUCCUUCAACAAUAUUCGUGGUUGGAAUGUUGACCCGUUUGUCGGGUUUGACACGCUCAAACUUCUCAUUGGUAACAAGAGUGAUCUGACAGCGGAAAGAGAGGUGGAGUUUUCAACCGGGAAGAGCUAUGCGGAUGAGUUAGGCAUCCCCUUCUUCGAGACGAGUGCUAAGGAUUCGAUGAACGUGGAGCGGGCAUUUGUGACUCUGGCAGCAACUAUUGACAAAAGAAGAAAAGAAUCGAAACAACAUUCAGAUGACGUUGUGACACGUGAUACGAUCCAUUACGCAAAAAAAGAGUUUAAAACGGGAAGCGGAAGUUGCUGCGGAAGUUAACAGAUCGGAUAGUAACAUAUAAAUUGUAUUUUCUAAUCCUUAGCGGCAUACACCGAGUAAAUCGAUAAUUCGUCUCAAACAUAUCAAAAAGAGGGACUCAAGAUCAUCGUCUUCUUCCUUCUUUACUCUUAAUAUCAUCCGUAUACGUCAUCCUGAUGACCCCGGCCUCAGCCUCCCUCGCAUACUACUUUUAUUUCAUUCAAAAGACGAAAAGAUCGACCCUACAUACAUGGAAGUCCUAUUCUACGUGGUGAUAAUAUUUCUCGACAAAUUCAGUUUAGUUAAUAAUUGCUUCAAUUUUGUCAUCUAUGGGUGCACAUUGCCAUUUUAUAGGAAGGAGGCGCGUCGAAUGUUGAUGUGUUCUCCCAGGUACAAGGAGGACCAGACGGGGCAGAAAAGCAUUACAAAAUGAGAUCGUCUAUCGUUGAUGAAUAUCACAUCUUAUAAGCUAGAUUAUGUUUGCUGUUUUGGUACCCACGGAGGUUUCGAGUUUAAGAAUGAUGAAACCCAUCAUAGUACGUGUUAAAAGCGAAUGGUGGUGUCGCCUCUUCUAAGUCCUAAAGAUACCGUAAACCUUAUACCCUCACUAUAGGACGCAGUUUACCGGCCCUCGACCCCACCCCAUCACCCUAUAACUAUGAAAAGGUAUGAAUAGGAUCACUAGGAUGACGAAAUGGACUGCUCCGGUAUAAUCUACCCAUGAUGCAAGAUUUGAUAGAACCUGUGUUGCGUGUGCACUUGCGAAGCAAGUGUGUGCCGCGUUUGAGCCCAUAGCAAAAAAACUCAAUGAACGCAUGAAACCGAAGUCAGCAGAGAGUUUCUCUCGGCAUCUUAUUUCAUUUCAAUAUUAUGGGAUAUUAUGGAUAUUGAAAUACUAAUUCGUAAGCAGCGUUCUAUUGUAUCGAAUUCGAAUCUUUUUUAGUCAAGACCAGCUCAUGUUACUUGUAGUACUGAGGCUGAGCAAGCAGAAAUCAGUCGGUUACAGAGAUGCAGGAUUACUAUAAUAUGCUUUAAAUAUUUGGUGUUACACAUGAUAGUAAAGGCUUUAAGAUGACACCAAUCCCAGUUGCUGAAAGCUACCCGUCGUUUGAGUUAGCAGUGAAGGUGCUCACCGUUUACACCUGGCCCCCUCUCUUCGUCAUCGGGAUCCUCGGGGACAUCGCUUCGUUUUUCAUCUCCUUCCAGGAGCAAAACAGACGGAUUUCGACGUGUGUUUACGUCGGCGCCCUUGCAGCAGCUGACACCCUGGUUGUCGUUAACGGCAUGUGCCUGUUUACCGUAAUUUUCCAUUUCUACGACAAGAUACAACAUAAGGAAUUCGCUUUGCAAUGGUUUGCCUAUUGGGCCAAUACAUAUGUCAUGAUCUCCGGCUUUUUCCUCGUCUGGAUGUCCAUAGACAGGCUGGUAGCGGUCCGGUUCCCAAUGUUGGCGCCGUCAAUCUGUUCCACGUUUCGGGCCAAGGUGACUUGCGUGGUCACGGCAGCUCUGACGAUGGUGUGCAAUCUUCAUCUCUUUUUCAUCUACAAGAUUUCACCUGGCGACGACACCCAACUGAUCCCAUCAGUUCAGGGCUUACCUUCUCUAGAGGUUGUUUCAACGAUCUACUUUCUUAUGUUCGGAACUAUUCUCCCUUUCACCAUAAUCGUCGGCUGUAACGUCAUCAUUAUCGUCACGCUACGCGAAGCCAGCGUGCGCAGAAAAACAAUGACCACUGGAGGCGGCGCAGGAAAGACGGACCAAGCAGAUACAACUCAUCUAACUAAGAUGUUGAUCCUUGUUUUCAUUGUUUUCGUCAUCUGCUCCAUUCCUAAUCGACUGCAUUAUGCUUUGGUAAAUGGGGUCCCAUCACUCGUGGAGGUUUAUACAUCUGGCGCUGUCUAUUGGGGCCUCCGCGCAAAGCUCGAGUAUUGGUCAAUCCAGAUUACGUGGUAUCUAAAUCAUUGCGUGAAUUUCUUUCUUUACUGCAUUGGUGGUGGAAAACGGUACAGAAAGGACGUGAGGCUGCUGUUUCGCCAGAUUCUAUGUAAAAAGACCGAAACCUGAAUUUAUCACGAUCUACCAUCCCUGGUAGACUAGGUAUAAUACACUCGUGCAAGAUAACAUGCAAAAUUUAAGGACACUGGCUUAUCCCCAUAGGUCAAUCUUACCGCAAUGACAGUCUCUUCCCUAGAUGACGAAAUCGGGCUUUAUCAGGAGCCUACGGAUGGCAACCGAUUUCAGAGAUACACUCUCUGAAAUGUACCGUCCGCAUGGUCCUACUGGAUCAUGCGAAUGAUCGUUCUAUAUACCCGGGUAUCCCUUUAAAAAUAAACUUGCGAGCGUUUGAAUAUCAUGAACUGAAUUUUUGCUAAGUUUUUGAAAACUUGAUGCCAAUUAUCAUGAUGUGACAAUGUCAAACUGGUUAGGUUACACUCGGGACGCAGUGGAUUGGCCUUGUCACAUCCCACGAUCGGAAGUACACUGUGUGUCUAUUGGCUUGCCUCGGUCGGUAGUUUAGUUGGUCGACGCAGAUGCAAUUGAAGGCAUUUCCAUCAAGUGAAAAAUUUAAGAAACUGCAUUAUCCGGCCAUGCAACUCAGUGGUGGGGUAUUAGUGUCGUUUUCAAUUAAUCACCCGGCCUUUGAAUUGCAUGGUGUCGACUUUAAAAAAGAGCUAUUCAGCUUUUCAGAGCUAUGCGGAUGAGUUAGACACCCCCUUCUUCGAGACGAGUGCUAAGGAUUCGAUGAACGUGGAGAGGGCAUUUGUGACUCUGGCAGCAACUAUUGACAAAAGAAGAAAAGAAUCGAAACAACAUUCAGAUGACAUUGUGACACGUGAUACGAUCAAUUACUCAUAAAAACAGUUUAAAACGGGAUGCUGCUGAAGUUAGCAGAUCGGAUAGUAACAUAUAUAUAGCAUUCCGCGACGUUACUAUUUAUAGCUCACAAGGUCAUUUGAAUAAGAUAUUGAUGACGUUUUAGUCACGUGACAGUCGGACAUCGACACUUAUUUCUGCGCAUUUGAGCUUAUUUCAAAGUCAAUUAUCUUUGACCCUGCGUUGUUUUUAGCAUGAAUGAUACAAUAGAGUCAGAGAGAGAAAUAUUCAGAACAAUUAUGUAGUAUUUCCAACACUCGGACAUGUGCCAGAUUGAACUAACUGCGCUAGUUAGAAAGCCUGAAUCCAUUACGAAACCGCAUUGUUUGUCCGACAUUGCCUGUAAUUCAGCGAUGGGGAAAUAGAGGGCAGCAGCUGCAGUGACGUCAUAUUCGCGGAAUGCUAUUGUAUUUUCUCAUCCUCAGCGGCAUACGCCGAGUAAAUCGACAAUUCGUGUCAAACAUAUCAAAAGAGGGACUCAAGAUCAUCGUCUUCUUCCUUCUUUACUUUUAAUAUCAUCCGUAUACGUCAUCCUGAUGACCCCAGCCUCAGCCUCCCUCGCAUACUACUUUUAUUUCAUUCAAAAGACGAAAAGAUCGACCCUACAUACAUGGAAGUCCUAUUCUACGUGGUGACAUUUCUCGACAAAUUCAGUUUAGUAAUUAUUGCUUCAAUUUUGUCAUCUAUGGGUGCACAUUGCCAUUUUAUAGGAAGGAGGCGCGUCGAAUGUUGAUGUGUUCUCCCAGGUACAAGGAGGACCAGACGGGGCAGAAAAGCAUUACGAAAUGAGAUUGUCUAUCAUUGAUGAA